AUGAAACGGAUCAGUACUAGCAGAGACAGUCUAGAUAGCUCUUGGUUUUAUGGAACUUCUUACAGUUUUCGGUUCCUAACGACGCUUCUGCAGCUUUAUACUUUACUAACAAAGCAGUUGACUGCGAGUUCAGCACUUCCCAAGUGGACCGCUAUGCCUACUCUAUCUGCACCUUGUGACGUGAGCAGUCUGCCCCCUUCUCCGGUGGACAGGUCGCCUAGGAGGAUGUCCUGGGGCAAACUGGUCCAGAGAUUUACAGAUUUUGGUGCAGGGGUCAACAACAGCAGCAUCGAGGAGUCCAGCUCAAACAACGGCAGCAGGAGUGACCUUUCAGACUCAGGGUCGGAUGUUUCCGGCGAGCUGUGUCCAUCCAACGACGACCUGUUCUACGACCCCAUGGAGGAGACGAUACUCAAGGAGGUGGUGCUGCUCAUCGCUCACAGCCUGCGGGAAGCCAAAGACUCUGACUGCGCCCUGCGGUGCGCCAAACUCCUCAUCCCCGACAAACUCCUGGACCACAUCGGACGCGAGCUGCUCCAGCUGGCGACCAGCGAGCCGUGUGGCCUGCGAGGCGCGUCCAUCGACCUGUGCGUGGAGCACGGGGAUCUCUGCGAGAGCGUGGAGCAGAUCUCCGUGGACCCGUACCUAGUGCCCACCUUCCAGCUGACGCUCGUGCUCCGGUUGGAGUCCGGCGGUCUGUGGCCAAAGAUCCAAGAACUGUUCAACACCAAGCACCCCUCGGCCCCUGUGGUCAAGCAGGUGAUCAGACUGGGAACGGGCUUCCGGGUGAUCAAGAAAAAACUGUACAGUUCCGAAGAGUUGUUCAUCGAGGAGUGUUGAGAGUGACAAACCAAUGGAUGGCGUUAUAAAGGCUGUGCCUGAAUAGUGAACUUGACCUUUUAAAAUGACCCUCACAAUGUCCUUUUACGAAAAAAGCUGUUUAUUGUGUUAAAUGUUUAUGUUUCCUUCCUAAAUGUAAAGUGGCUUUAGAACUUAGCUUAAAUAUUGUUUCCUCUAUAAGGGAGCCUCCGUUACGGUACAACAAGAAGUGAAACGUGCCCAACACCUUUCACUUCGCUUAAACAUACCGGUUAUCCGUUUUAAAUGGACAUCUUUCCGAGUUUGUGUGUGUGUGUGUGUGUGUGUGUGUGUGUGUGUGUGUGUGUGUGUGUGUGUGUGUGUGUGUGUGUGUGUGUGUGUG